CUCAGUGUACUAACAAUGGUAUACAUAAGUGUGAGUUAUAUAUAUGACUUGCUAUAAAACGCGAUUGGAAGUUUUAUAGACAGUUGGAAAGCCAAGAUGCGUGCGCUUGCCAUCAUUUUGGUCCUGGUAGGUUUGGCCAAUGCGUCCCCUUUAUUCGACAAUGGAGGACAUUCGGGUCGUGGUGACGAAGAGAUUUACAUGACAACGGCUCAAAUCAUUGUCAACCGUGGUUAUCCGGUCGAGCUGCAUUACAUCGAAACGACUGACGGCUAUUUACUUGAAGCCCAGCGCAUACCGUACGGGAAAAAUUCCGGCCCUGCACCCAACAAGCCGGUCGUAUUCCUACAGCAUGGUUUACUAUCGUCCUCGGCCGACUGGAUAAUUGGAUCGACUGAAAGUGCUCUCGGCUAUCUUUUGGCGGAUGCUGGAUACGAUGUAUGGCUAGGCGCCGUCCGGGGUAACACUUACGGCCGGAAUCAUACAACGCUCAGUCCGGAUGACGAUCCUUCAUUUUGGGAUUUUUCGUUUGAUCAAAUUGGCAAGUAUGACGUCCCAGCCAAUCUGCGCUACAUUUUAUCCUACACCAAUCAACCUUCGUUGAGCUACGUGGGUCACUCGCAAGGGACGCUCACGUUUUACAUCGCCAUGGAAACCAAUCCCGACUUGAACGAGAAAGUCAACCUGAUGUUCGCUCUGGCUCCCAUAACCACUGUCGCCCACAUGAGAAGUCCCCUGCGACUCAUUGCUCCAUACGCCGAUAACCUAGAGGUGAUUGCCAAUUUAUUGGGCAUUGACGAAUUCCUGCCCAGCAGCGAUUUCUUUGACCUGAUGGGCCAAGAAGAAUGCCAAGCCAAUACCACCAGUGCACUCGUCUGUGAAAGUAUUCUCUUCCUGAUAUGCGGUCCCGAUGUGGCAGAACUUGAUCCGGAGUUGAUUCCACUAAUUGUGUCCCACUCACCGGCUGGUACAAGCGUUCAAAACAUGCUUCAUUACGCUCAAGAGUACAACUAUGCUUAUUACGCGCAUUACGACUUUGGAAGGCUGGAAAACCUUAAUAGCUACGGGCAGGAGACUCCGCCGCUUUACAACGCCGGCAAAGUGACGGCGCCCAUGAUCACAUUUUGGGGGGACAACGAUUGGCUGGCCGAUCCGGUGGACGUUGCCUGGGCCGAAUCUCAGUUCCCCAAUGUCAAGGAGAGCGUCCACAUUGCCCACUUUAAUCACCUCGACUUCCUCUGGGCUAUCCACGUCAAGGGCCUUGUCAAUGACGUCAUUCUUGCCAAUCUGCCCAUCAAACCCCAAGUCUAAGGAUGUGGCGAUUAAAUUGACCUGUGGAUUUUUU